GCCCACACUAAGCUCUCACUCACACAGGUGAGCUGCUAGAUGCUCUCCCCAGUGCUCAACAGAUUAUGGGCCCCGAGAGCUAAGAUGCUACUGCUCGGCGACAACAGUUUUUGCCGCCCAUGUGAAACCACAGGGAGGACUGGAAACAUGUUUAGGAAGAUUCUGUGGUCACCGAUUUCAUUUAAUAAGUCUCAAUAAAAAGUUUUAGCCAUUUU